AUGGAUCUCUCCAAGAUACAACAUUUCACUUCAACCGGCACAAGACAAGUAAACAUCAAUUGGAAACUCCGGCAUCUAUUAGAUGCAUGGAGCUGGUCAACAGUCCUCAGCUACAAUGCAGGGGUAAAGAAAUUUUUGAAAUUUCAAUCAGAAACAGGAAACCCGGUUUUCAAUCUACCAGCAACCUCUCAAGAUCUCUACGAAUUCUGUCUAUGGGCAGGCAGAACAUCGAUGCGCGGAGCGGAUGCAAUCACCUCGGUCACCCUAACGAAGUAUUUAUUUGCCAUCCAAGCAUGGCACAAUUUUCAUGGUUUCGCAUACCCCAUAGACUUGAAGGCACAAAUAAACCUAAUCUUGAAAGCCUGCGCGAAGAAAGAUGCCGAAUUUAAGCUGAGAUCAGAAAAAACAGCUCUACACCUAUGCCAGCUGAAAAAGAUAGUCGACCGCCCCCGGAAAGCUUGGGACACCCUAGGGGAUAAGCAUCCCCGAAAAUGUACAUGUGAAAAAUGGCAUGACUUCAGUGUAAAGAAUACGGCGACUUUGGGAGAUCUUUCACUUGAAAAUAAUACUAUGUUUUUGUAA